AUGCCCGCGCUCUCAACACUCAUCCAUCGCGUCCAGAAGGGAAUCUCCGCUAUCGAGCUCGUCUACACCUCCCACCCGCACUGGCCUCUACCCCCUCCUACCCACGUGCAGAAACGAAGCUCAGUCCCCAUACCAGUUCCAGGAUCCUCAGAUGAGGAAGGGGAGUCUAACAAGUACGACGCAAAGCUCUUGCUUCUGUCUGUGCGAAAUGCCGACAAGACUCUCGCCCCGGGCGACGCGACGUACGCUCAGCGCCUCGGGAUGAUGAUCCUCCUUGCCCAGGACAUCGCGCACCACCAGCAGGAGGGCGACAAUAUAGCCGUCGCGAUCAUCGACGAACCCACGUUCGUGGGCAAAUCCAAGGUGCUGCUCAAAUUCUUAGGCGAGCGACUCGUGUCUGUGCUCUCCCCUCCGUCCACAGGCGCACCAGUCCCCGCAGAUUUCUCACCGCCUACUACGAAGUCCACCCCGCAUCUGCAGCUCGUGUUCGUAGUAGGCAUGGACACGCUCGAGAGGCUCUUCGCCCCGCGCUACUACGCGUCCCCGGAGGACAUGCGCCUUUCCCUCCGCCGCCUCCUCUCGCCCGAGGGUGACGAUGCGUGGGUCGUGUGCGCCCGCCGACUCAUGCACGCGUCGUUACUCACAGACGCGCAGCUGGAGCGCGAGCGCUCGUUCAUGGAGACUAUCGAGGAGUUCGUCCAGUCGCGCCGCGUCACUCUGAUAAACAUUGGCGAGGAGGAGCGGACGAUCAGCAGCACCCACAUUCGUGAAUCGCGUCAUCGUGGGGAUUUGGCUUGGAGAUCGUGUGUCACAUCGUCGAUAGCUGACUACGUCGAGCAGCACAGUUUGUACCGUUCAUAG